GGCCCCACGCUCCGCUACGAAUCCUCCCUCCUGCACCUCCCUGUGCCCACCAUCUUUUUCACGGCCGCCAAGUACCUCGAAUCCUCAAGGCUGCACCUCACCCCGGCCGAGUUCGCGACCACGAAGGUGGCCGUCAACGCAUUCGUUACGAAGGUCCUGCAGGAGCGCCUCCAGGCGCUCUCAGCGGACCCCGGUUGCGCGAACCGGCUUGCGGGAUGGUGGAACGAGGUCGUAUACAUGGGCUAA